ACCGAGGACGUGGCUAAGGUGAUUUUUAACAUGGCAGCGCCCACCGACUGGGCUUCCACGCAAGCUGAAUGUAAUUUUGAGCAUAUACCUACGAAUGAAAAUUUGGAAGAUGUUUCAGCCAUUAACAGUAAUCAAGGUCUUGAUGAAAUACAAAGGAAUUAUAAAGAAAGCUGGGGGUUUGACCUUCGAGAUCUUUACAAAUUAGCGACAAUAUUCUUUCGAGAAAAAGAAGGUAAAGCUGUUCACCUUUCAUAUAAAGACCGUCUUUCAUUGGUUGCCUACUCCCAACAAGUAAGCCAUGGAAAAUACAUACCAGAAACAUCAACACCGAUUGGUUACCUGGAUGUUAUUGGUAGAGACAGGAGACAAGCUUGGGCCACUCUUGGAGACAUGUCUGAAGCCGAUGCCAUGGAAGGCUUUGUUAACCUUCUUGAUUCUGCUUGUCCACUUUUCCGACCUUAUGUGGAAGCACAUAAAAGAGAUUUGGAAGAAAAGGAACGACUGAAGAAAGAAGAAGAAGAGAGACAGAGAAGAGAGGAAGAAGAAAGAGAGAGACAGAAGUUAGAAGAAGAAGCAAGACAAAGAGAAGAACAAGAAAGACAAAAAGAAACAGAACAAAGACGACUGAUUCAAGAGGCAUUAAAUCGACAAACCUAUUAUCAGUUCAAGAUGUACGCUGAACAGCAGUUGCCAGGUAAUCCAGAACAGCAAGCAGUGUUAAUUCGACAACUUCAAGAACAACAUUACCAUCAGUAUAUGCAACAACUUCUGCAACAACAACUAGUCAAAAACAACCAAAAUCAGGCAUCAAACCACAUUACAAGUGAUGUGAAUGUUAAUGAUGGAAGUAAGAUGCUUGUUAAUAUGAAAAAUGGAGAAAAUUCUAGUGGAAAAAGUAGUGACGACGAAACAACAGACAUGCCUCCAAUAGCAGCAGCAUCCAUGUGGACUAGAAAAGACAUCAAAGACUUCAAGGAGUCUAUCCGUAAGGAAGGUGGAGAUGGGAUUAUCAGAGUUGGCCACGGAGAAACUGUGACUGUAAGAGUCCCUACCCAUGACGAUGGAACUUGUUUGUUCUGGGAGUUUGCCACAGACAGUUAUGACAUUGGUUUUGGUGUGUACUUUGAAUGGACAAAAACCCCAGGAAGUCAGGUGUCUGUUCACAUUAGUGAAAGUGAGGAUGAUGAUGAAGACGAAGACGAUGCAGAUCAGCAAAAUAAUUUAGCAGUUUUGGAAAAAGGAACUAGUCCUAGUGACCAGCCUCCUCUCAGCAUCAUCAUCCCCGUGUACAGACGAGACUGUCAUGAAGAAGUAUACGCAGGAAGUCACAUGUAUGCAGGACAAGGAGUUUACCAGCUGAAGUUUGAUAAUUCAUAUUCCCUGUGGAGGUCAAAGACCUUAUACUAUCGUGUAUAUUAUACACACUGAGAGUAAGAUAAAAAUUUGUGGAGCACAUUGAGAGAGUUCCAGACUGUUUCAAGUGGAAAACAACUAUGCUGGUUUCUUACAUGAAGCUUCACUUGUUCAUGGUGUUGAUGUAACACUUCAGUUUCUUUCAUCUUUUGUAAGUUACAUUUUGCCUGUGAAGCACAAUGUGUAAGUGUACCUGCAAGUAAUGAUUGAAAUGGGAUAGUGGAUAGGAUAGUAUGUUGGGUGUACAAAUAUGUUUUAUUUUACCUUAGUUAGAAAAAUAAGAAUAUGCAUUCAGAGCUACGUGCUAAGAAAAUAUUUAUGAUAAAGUAACUUCUGUAUAUUCUAUGAAUGCUUUGUACCUUGACUUCUUUCAUUGGGCCUUGUCAUAGCUCACUUAAAAAUUGUGUACAAGUGGUGUUACUAGUAAUUAAGUUUCUCAUUUUAAAGAAAUUUUGUUGUGUUAAUAUAACAAUUUCUAAGCCUCAACAUAUCGCUAGCAGUUGUUUAAUGUUCAUGUAUAUCUACUACAGGAUUGCCAUACAGAAUCUAAUAAAAAGAUUUAAAAAAAU